CGAGGGAUUCUCGAACUCGGCUCUGGAAGCGUACGGCCGUCACAUGACCCUCCCCUCUGGACGACACACUUCGGCCGUGGUCGCAGCUUUCCUUUCUGCUUCCACGUUUUACAUAACACCUUUCGACAACUGCUUCAUGGACCCCCAACUCCCAUACACAACUGCCGUUCUGGUCACCGCUUUUCUCACGAAACCUCCUUCAGAACAGGCUCCUUUGGUCCUAACAAGCGCCUGGAAACCCGCCCGGCCCGGCCAAUCACGAAGGAAAGGAAUCCACCUCCGAAGAAAGGCAUUGCUGGACAUUCAUCCAAAACCAGGUUGCGCGGGAUGUGCAACCUCACGAACUCAAUUUACGCAAGGCUCGACACUGCAAAUUGCUUUGCCAGUAAACCCCCACGCGGGUGGAAAUGCCUCCCAUUGGCUGUCUCACUGUGGUGUCACGUCUUUUCGUCAUGCCCAUGUCCCUCCGCCAGUAAAUGAUGAAUCUCACCCGCAGCUGCAGGCCUCAUCUGCACCCAUCUGCAUGCGCACAUGGACCUCCCAGGAUGCCCUUCGAAGAUGCCCACGCCCCCCUGGACAGCAUGAACUGGACCCCCGGAGCAGGGCCAACUCUUUUUACUCUUUCCACAUUUGCAACCCUCACCCCCACGCCUCCUCGCCAGCAUCGUGCGCACUGUGCAGAGGAGCAUAUUUGAAGCAUGGGGGCAAACUGGUUUCGAGAUUAUUUUUCCAGACUGGCGCCUCAAAAUGUCCACAUCGCCGAGCGACAAAGCAGCGAGGCCUCCUGCCGUGCUCUAGUGCUCCGUCGAUUUUAAUGUAUCGAACAAACACCCGUAGUAGUUGUUCCACGACGAGUCCAUCGACUCCAUCUGCUGUGGGCGCAAGAGAAGCUUCCGCUGUGGAUCACCGCUACCAAGGAACGGUCCUAGCUUUCAUCAAGCCAUGCAGGACGACGCCGCAUGCUCUUGAUAUCACAUGCAACACACGCAACGCGGCUUCUGAGUGGCUGCUCCCAACGACAACCAAGAACGGCGAUUAAAAUAUUGAUCUGUGUGGCACAGCUAGGCUGAGGUUAGAAGAAGCAAGUCGAGCCAGCAAGGCCAGAAUCUCGGUUUCAAAAACCAAUAGCAAAUUUCCAUGGAGAUGAACGGAGAUUGUGA